ACCUAUCGGCGGUGUACGGCGCAGCGGUCACCAUGGAGACGCGGUGUCCCUGGGAGACGACUCGCUACAGAACUUUGGAUCAGUUGUCAUUUCCCAGAGACUGAAUCGUUGCCUGACAGAGCUCUACCCCGAGGACCCUGACCCACAGCACCAACACCAUAUUUUCUUCAAUAAAAGGAAGACCUAAAUUGCAGCCAUGACGUCUGUGUUACCCAGCCAGAAAGAAGUUGGAAGUGGGACAUACACUUUCUCCAGUCAACCCAGAGUCGUACAGAACCAAAGGAAGUAUAGAGGAACACAGCCACCUAUGACUGAAGAGACCUACAAUUAUGGAAAUAUCAUGUAUGACCGAAGGGUAGUACGAGGCAGUACAUAUGCCCAAAACAUAUUGCCUCUGUCUGCUCAGCCAGAUCCAGUAGAGAUUCAGAGGAACCAAGAAGCCCGCAGAAGAGCACUUGCGAAGAAACGUGCAAAAGAACUGCUAAGAUCUAGGUCACCAGAACCUGUGGAAGGCAGGAAACACAUUGAUGUUCAGACAGAGCUUUACUUAGAAGAACUCAGUGACCGUGUUGAGGAGAAGGACAUAGAGUGCCAGACAGAUGCCUUCUUGGACAGACCACCCACACCCCUCUUCAUCCCAGCUAAGACUGGGGCUGAUGUUGCAACUCAGAUCCUGGAAGGAGAACUUUUUGACUUUGAUCUGGAGGUAAAGCCCAUCCUGGAAGUGUUGAUUGGGAAGACAAUUGAGCAGGCUCUACUGGAAGUAAUGGAAGAAGAAGAACUGGCAAACUUAAGGGCACAGCAGCGCGCUUUUGAGGAGCUGCGUAAUGCUGAGCUUGCUGAGGCGCAACGACUUGAGGAACAGGAGAGAAGGCAUAGGGAGGAAAAGGAACGGCGGAAACAGCAACAGAGAGAAAUGCUUCUGAAAGAAAAGGAGACUGCAGAGAAAGUGGCGGCUAGGGCGUUCGCCCAGCAGUACCUGGCUGAUCUUGUUCCUUCUGUAUUUAGCUGCUUGAGGGACAAUGGAUAUUUCUAUGAUCCUGUGGAAAGAGAUGUCGAGACGGGAUUCAUGCCAUGGCUAAUGGCUGAGGUGAUCAAAAAACUAGAGGGGAAUGAACUGGGCCGGACCAUGCUUGACAUGUUAAUCCGUGAAGUAAUGGAAAAACGGAUUGAGGACUACAGCAAAUUGGAGCAAACCGAGUCAUCUGAUGUAUAGGAGACAUUUAAAGGGGGCACUGCAGCUACAUGCAUGCAACAUCAAGCAAGCCACAGUGUGUACAACACAAGAAGAGCAGAGAGUAAUACAUUUCACCAGUGAUAAAACAAAUAAAAUAUUAUUUUUAAAGUCA